AUGCAACGAAGUGGAGCUGAGUAUUAUAUACCUUCCAUCUCCUCCGGACUGGUUUUCUUUGCUUUCACCACUACUGCAUUUAUACCCCAAGAGUCAACCCAUGGAGUUUCCUAUCGAACUGUAUCGAAAUGCGCGAGAAAUGCCCCCCGCGGAUUCCACAGCCGUCCCAUCGACAUGCCGCGCCAUCUGGGCCUUGGCCCUUCCUUGACUUGGACUCGGAGAUCGACUCCGAGCAAUUAGAGUGCUCAAGGCGCCCUACAAUGCCGGAAACAGUGUCUGACUGGCAAAAGGUGUGUUUCCUGAGCUUGACAUUGUCAUUCUUAGGCUCAUGUUUUGCCAGUACCCUCAAAUUUUGUUUCCGAAUUGGACUCUUGCGCAGCAGGCGAAAAGCGGUAUCAGCAAAAUCGUCAACCGACCCUACAAAGAGCCUUGUAUAAUCCAUUGCGUUGAUGUCCACCUGGAUGGCCAGUUCAAGGCCGGUGAUAGUGUCAGCAUCACAGACGAAAACAAAGGCGAAUACUGGCAACGACUAAAGGCUGCUGUUCCAAUGGAUGUCCGACUUCGUGCUCUCUUCGUCGAUAACCUUAGUGGACCAGUUUUGCAGUGGGUUUGCGGCUUUAUUCAAGUCUAUGAAGCAAGACUUAUCCGCAUAUCUAAAGGAUGCUUGGAACCGCCUAUAACAUCGAGCCUUUCUUUUUUUCCUCCUCGCUGAACUGGAUACCUUCUCGUUACCAAGAGGCUGUCGGGGAAGGAGACCAUAUCACGCUGACACUGCCUUUCCUUCGGUCGAUGCAAAACCCGACAACUCUGCCAUCAAGUCCAACAUCUAAUUUUGCUCCGACUAUUCCUACUCUUCAAUCUGCGGACCAGGUCAUCGAUACUCAGGCACCUUUAGGACUAAGUUCAAGUAAGCCUUCAUGGAUGUUAUCACUGGGCGCUAAGCUACCGGGCAAGGUAACCGAAUUGUUCUUCCUGAUAUCUUGGCCAUCCAUAUGAUCCGAUCACCGCAAUACAGCACGAUCAUCAGCUACCACCCACCUCACACUCAUCGAACAACAACAGCAUUCACGCUUCGUACCCGACUCCUUGCCGCGGGUCAAUCUGUGUACUGGAACAAGAUAUUUGAAGGCACGAUCAAUUCAGACCCGACAUUCGUUCUUCUAGCUUUGUUAUGGUUUCCACUAUAUGCAUUCGACGAGUCCUUGGAAGCGCUUUAUACGCAUAUAUGCUGGCUUGUGGGUUACAUUAGUGCUUCUUCCCCCACAGCUAACUUUCCGACCAGGAGUCUCGCGUCAUGGGCAAUACGGACAUGACGUUGACACAACAACUACAUGUUGUGCGGGCUCAUCUGUUGCAUUACGCAUCGGUCCUAGAAGACUUUCGAAAAACUGUGGUCUUUGUCGCGGAAACACCGAAUCCGCUUUUAGAUAAUAUUUCUGACCCACCUUCGGAGACUACAAUUCUCGUCCGGGAGCUCAUGCGACGGGAAUCCAGCAAUCUUCUGAACGAAAUCGCAAGGCUUGAGCAAAAUCGGAGCAUGCAGGACAAUCGGCUGAAAAACGUUAUGAACCUGGUACGCUUCAAUUUCCCGUGGUCUUGCACACUCUAUAUGCGCUUUUCAUAGGCAUUCAGCAGUGUUGCACUAGAAGACAGUCGCACAAUGCAGAAGCUUACAGAAGCAGCGUUACGAGACAGUGCAGGUUCGGACCAUAGCCAGCUAAUUUGUCCGUUUUCUCAUUCCUCAUCUCAGCAAUGAAGCAAAUAUCCUAUCUGACCAUGUUUUUCUUGCCUGCAUCGUUCGCUGCGGUGCGUCUCUUCUGUGAGCUUGCUUACCCAUUGCUGAAUCACCCCCAGGCUGUAUUCGGGAUGAACGUCAAAGAGAUCGCCCCAGGCACUAAUGAAACUCUCGCUCACUACGUUGCAUUCGCUGUCCCACUGACGCUCAUUACGGUCUGGGUCAUUGUUGCAUUCCAGUAUAGGAAACGGGAUCCCAACAGUCUCAUCCGCAACAACGAAGACGAAUACUCCAUCUUGCAUCGAUUCUCGUGGCCCUUGCGUUCAAUCCGAAAGGGAAUCCGACGGGCCAGUACCAUCAAGUCACGAACGCCUACACUUGCCAUGUCCAUGCCUUCUGCUCCUGCUUCUCGUGCUGCAUCGAGACCAUUUCCGUAG